UUUUUUUGUUGCAGAGAAAUGGUGAUGUGCUGUGUUUGGUUUUCGUUGGAGUGUCUGUAACCGUCUUUUGUUUCGAUUUUGGAUUUCAGUAUUAUCGCGUUUUCUGCUGCAACUUAACUUCUGUUAAAGCGUUAAUGCAAUUGCCAUAUAUAUAUAUGUGUUUAUGUGUUUAUAGUGAACUGAACAUUUUCAAAAUCUAACGUUGUUAUCGAUUCAUGGCUUCCUUUGCCAAAGUUCUUAAAAUUUCCAUAGUUCAGACUCACGUUGUUUUUGUCGAGGAUAGGAGUCAAGCAUGGGUUUCAAUGUCACUGGGUAAUCCUAUUCGUGCGCUUGGAGAAUCUAUCUCGUUUGGGAGGUUUAUGUCAGAAGAACUGGAUUGGGAGAAAUGGUCAACAUUCACGCACAAUCGCUAUGUUGAAGAAGCCGAAAAAUAUUCGAAGCCGGGUUCUGUUGCGGCGAAGAAAGCCUAUUUUGAGGCUCGUUACAAAAGAAAAGCUGCGGAGAGAGCAGCUGCAUGGGUCCAAGAAGCAAAUGCUCUGGCUAAUGGAACUACUGAGUCAUCCAUUGACACGAGUUGUAUAGUGGAAAAUGAAGAGCAUGAUAAAGAAAUUGUUGAUUACCAUGUUGUCGAAUGUGUUGUUGAUAGAGACCAACAAAAAUGUGAUGCCGGACAGAGUGAUUUAUGCGUUUCCAAUACCAAUGACGUGGUUGCGAAUGAAGAACAGGAUAAGGAAACUGUUAAUUACCGUGUUGUUGAAUGUGUAGUUAAUAAAGACCAACAUGAAUGUGAUGCUGGACAAAGUGAUUUAGGCAUUUUGAAUGUGGAAGAAGCAGAGGAUUCGCGGCAUCCUCGCAUUGAUAUAUAUCUUAAUGUGGAAAGUUGCACACUUGAUGAUGAUUCUAAUUCUAGCCAGUUUCAUCAUGUUGAAGAUAAAAAGAAUAUUGUUGUCCCUGUGGAAGUUUUGGCUUUGUCUGUCAAGGGAAGAGAAGCAAAUUCUUCUCCAGAAUUAUCAACCGAAACUGUGUCUCAAGAAAAUUCUCCUUCUCUUGAUGAAAGGAAGGAUGCUGCAGCUGUGCCAACCCCCCAAAGUGGAAUAAACAAUGGUUCUAAAGGCAAGAAGUCUGUUAGUGGAGACUCAGUUGAGAAGAAGAAUUUAACUGCACGGUCGACACGUGAAACACGCAAAAGAGUGGCAGUGGCUUUACAGUCCAGAAAUGGCUUAAACAAUUUUUCAACAAGUAAGAAGUCUGUUGGAGGCUUGAAUGAGAAGAAAAAAAUAACUGCACCAUCAUCUGGUACUGGUAUAACAAGCAAAACUGUUACUGCAGCUACUAAACCCUCUGCAAAAAGUAUGAAGUCUGUUGGACACUCAGUGGAGAAGAGACCAACUACAAGGUCACUCCACAUGUCAAUCAGUCUGCCUUCUGGUGCAGGUGAAACAAGUAAAACAGCUUCAAUGUUGGAACAGAACAGAGUAAAAAGACUUCAUUCUAAUUUUCCCAAAACUAAGGCUUCUCAUGGUUUGCUAAAUCAAGAUCCAGUAAAUCACCCUUCUCAAAGACCGCUUAAUAAGUCUGUAUCUGGAGGUGUUACAGCAAAUGCAAAGCCUUCCUCAUCCUCAAACACCAUAAAAAACAUUCCCCAAUCAGCUACCGUAUCUUCACCUUUUAGAUUCAGAAGUGAAGAAAGAGCAGUUAAACGCAAAGAGUUCUUGCAGAGAAUGGAUGAAACUAAAUCCAAGGACGAAGAGAAAGUUAAAUUGCAAAGGACUCUCAAGGGUAAAACAGAGCAUGAUCACAAGAAGUUGCGGCAGAGCAGCGGCUCUAUAUCCAAACUAAAUGAGGACAAGCAAAGUGGAUCACACUCACCAAGUAAUCAGAUUAGAAAGAGUUCACUUGCACUGCCCCGGUCACCAAAACUUGGGAAGAAAGCAAGUUCUAGCAUAGUCCAAGGCAAAAGCUUAGGAAAUUCAUGGAAGCCUCCUAUCAGAACCAACAAUUCCAAACGUACUACAGAAAAAAUUAACCGAACAACAAGGCAAUCAGUAACUUCAAUAUCAAAUACCACCAGAGAAAAUGCUUCACCAAAUAUUCAGCUUUAAAAACAAGAAAAAAGGAGUACCUGAUCCUGUGAUUUGAAGACAAACUUGUGAAAAAGAUUGAAACCACUUGGAAAGAUAAUACUUUGCUUAUAGUUUAAUUUUAGGAGGACGAUUAGGAGAGUUUAUGUCCCCGAUUUGUUUUCACAAUUCGAAGGAAAAUUUUGUAGUCUUUUUUUUUAUAGUUAUAUCCAGGCUUCAAAAAAAUUGACCUAGGACCAUAUCAUUGUUAAAAAGUAAGUUUGUAAUUAGAAAAAUAGGUUUAGGCUAUAUACUUUGGACGAAAAGGUAAAUACCAAAUAGGACUUGUAUCACCUUUAGUCAUCAUUUUGCAUGAAUAGACUUUAACUUUGUGAUUCGCCACUUUGUUACGAGCCAUUCAAAUAUUAAGCGUUGAGGACUUUUCAGUGAGCGUGUCUGAAGAAUUUUACCGUACAUAAAAGAGUGCGGUUCAUGGAUGUGCGGUGUUCCCUUUUUCUCUUUGUUGUCCACAUAGACCAAAAGGUACUUCCUACCUAAAAGGAAAGAGGUCUUCAUUCUUAUAAACUUCAGAAAAUAAUGGUUCAAACGUAGAACAUUUAGUACA